AUGGCGGAUCGCGAGGGGGCAAAUGCAGACUCGCAGCCCCCGUCGCCUCUGGCGAGCCGUAUACCAUUCAACCUUCACAGGAACAGCUCCGGCGUAGACCCUGACGAACGCUCACCCUUAUUAUUGAACACCUCCCGAUCCAGAGUCAGGAUAGAUGGUGCUGCACCUUCUCCUCGAAUUCCCCAAGUGUCGAGAAAUCAGAGCUUUUCAGGAAGCGCAAGGAAUACAAGGCAUCACAGUCGGCAUGGCUCUUUGGGCCAAAGACUAAUACAAGCCUUCUCUGACCGGGCUACUUCCAUGUCAGAAUCCAAGGGCUCGCUCUUUCCCGACGAGCGGGUUUGGUACGACCAAUUCACCAGCACCGACUGGGUACAUGACACUAUAGCAGACUCUCAUCGUGCCAAAGCUUUGCGAAGUAGAAAGGACUUCUGGGGUCGCGCCCGUGUCGCGUUUGAUGGCUGCCAAGGUUGGAUACUGAGUGCCUUGUGCGGAUUCGUCAUAGCUCUGAUCGCCUACGCCAUUGACGUGGCCGAAUCAACAGUUUUUGAUUACAAGGAUGGCUACUGCGCAAGGGCGUGGCAUCUGAAUGAAAAAAACUGUUGCCCUCGGGGCUCAUGUGAAGACUGGAAGAGCUGGUCGCAAGCCCUUAGCUGGAGUCCUCUCAGCGACAUUUGGACCGAUUAUCUUGUAUACCUGGGAUGUGUUGUCAUCCUUUCCUGUCUUUCCUGCUGGGUUGCUCUCUGGACAAAAACUGUGGUACCGUCAGCAUAUCAGCUUACGACCUUGGACGAGAACCUGGCAGCCGUGCCUCAACGCCCCAACGUCGACUCUGGGGACGACGGCUCAAGCCUCAGACCGCAGGACGAGUCGCGGCAACCCAGCCCGCCCAUGGUCUACUAUUCCGCUGCUGGCAGCGGAGUUGCUGAAGUCCGUGUGAUUUUGAGCGGAUUUGUUCUGCAUGGUUUCCUGGGCCUCAAAACCAUCAUUAUCAAGUCGGUGGCGCUAGUUUUGAGCGUGGCUUCGGGUCUGAGCCUGGGAAAAGAAGGCCCCUACGUUCACAUUGCCACCUGCGUUGGCAACAUUGCCUGCCGCCUGUUUGCCAAAUACGACCGCAACGAUGCCAAGCGUCGGGAGGUGCUCUCGGCAGCCGCCGCAGCCGGCGUUGCGGUCGCUUUCGGUGCACCGUUGGGUGGUGUCUUGUUUGGGCUUGAGGAAGUCGCCUACUUUUUCCCCGCCAAGACAUUGUUCAGGACCUUUUUCUGCUGCAUCGUUGCCGCUCUGUCGCUCAAGUUUCUGAAUCCUUACGGCACCCACAAGAUUGUCAUGUUCCAGGUCAGAUAUCUAGCCGACUGGGAGUAUUUUGAACUGUUCAGCUUCAUUGCUGUGGGCAUUCUCGGCGGCGCUCUUGGGGCAAUGUUUAUCAAGGCGUCCAAGUAUUGGGCGCAGAGCUUUAGGCGGAUUGGAGUCAUCAAGUCGCAUCCUCUGCUCGAGGUAUUUCUGGUGGCGCUUGUGACUGGGCUUCUGAACUAUUGGAACGCCCUGGUCAAGGAGCCGGUCGCGAAGCUGUUGCUGAAUCUAGCUUCGCCGUGCGACGGCAACGACGCCAACACGGAUGAGCUAGGUCUCUGUCCAAAGUCUGUCGAUGACAUACCGGCAAUCCUCCUGACUCUGAUUGCGGCGUUCCUGAUCAAGGGAUUUCUCACCAUCAUAACUUUUGGCAUUAAGGUACCAGCGGGGAUUUACAUACCGUCCAUGGUCGUCGGGGGCCUGUUGGGGCGAAUCAUUGGCCAUUUGGUGCAGUGGUUUGUGCUCAGGGCCCCGGAUUGGGCCGUUUUUGGCAGAUGCGCCACGGCGGCCGACGGAUCCUGCAUUCAAGCAGGAGUGUACGCCUUCAUCGCCGCCGGAGCGACCAUGUGCGGGGUGACGAGACUGUCGGUGACGCUUGCCGUUAUUCUCUUCGAACUGACGGGAAGCUUGGACUAUGUCCUCCCGUUUUCUCUCACCAUCUUGGUGGCCAAGUGGACGGCAGACGCCAUCGAGCCAAACAGCAUCUACGAUCUCUUGACGAAUAUGAACGCAUAUCCAUUUCUGGACAACAAGCACAAACCGGUGUUUACUAGUGAUUUGGCCGACAUUUUGACCAGAACCCGUCGAGAGAGGGUCAUUGACAUUAGCAACUCUCCGCUGGUACCCGCAAGCACGCUUCGGUCCAAGCUCGAGCUCCUACACCGCGCUGGCGAGCUUGACGGCGGUCUCCCUAUUGUGCGCCACGAUGUGCUGGUAGGACUUAUCCCAGCUCCCGAUCUCGAAUUCGCCCUGGACCAGCUUGACAACGAACAAACAAGUCUCUGCCUGAUGGAUAGGGUGCCAAGCAUAGACGACGACGACGACGACGAUUACAUUGAUCCGACCGACUUUGCUCAAUACAUUGAUCCUGCACCUGUUUCCUUGGAUGUGCGCUCGCCUGUGGAUCUUGUCUACGAGUGUUUCGUGAAGCUCGGGUUGAGAUAUAUUUGCGCCUCAAAGGAUGGCCAGUUCAAGGGCAUGAUUCACAAGAAGACGUUUGUAAAGUAUGUGCGAGAGUUGGACGAGAACGGGGGUUAG